GAGAGGUGCCUGUGUGUUUGUUUCACCUCCUAAUCAGUUUUCCUGGGGGAUCUAUCAUCGACUGCAGCAGAGGAGAAGGCAGUGCAGAAGAAUAAGAAGAUAGAACAAUUCAGCCCCGGUGAAAAUCUGCUCCCAUCAGGAAUUUGAGCCUCAUACAAGUGACAGAAAUGGAUGCUCCUCUCUCCACCCCAUGCCACAUUCAGAUUUGCGAGGUCACCUGUGACUCCUUCCGCAUCAUGUGGGACAUGACCUCGGAGGACACUGCCAGAGCCACACACUUCUUCAUCGACCUGAGCCGCAAAGAGAGCAAGGAUCCCAACCGCUUCAAACACAGGGAUGUGCCAACCAAGCUUGUGGCCAAGGCCGUGCCUCUCCCCAUGGCGGUGAGGGGACACUGGUUCCUCAGCCCGCGGACAGAGUACUGCGUUGCUGUUCAAACUGCUGUCAGACAGGCAGACGGUGACUACCUGGUGUCAGAGUGGAGCCAGGUAGUGGAGUUCUGCACUGGAGACUAUGCCAUGGAACACUUGCAGCAACUUCUUGACAAGGCAAAAGGCUCCGCAGGGAGGCUGCUGAAAUUCUCCGUAUUUUAUCGCAACCAGCACGCAGACUACUUUGACUACGUCAGGAGGGAAUGUGGAGGACUGAUGCGUCCAGCUCUGAAAGACAACAGUGGAAGUCAUGGUUCUCCCAUUAAUGCCAAACUACAGGGAGUCUUCUUCAGCUGCAACACAGAGUUUGACACAGGUCUCCCUCCCAAAGACUCCCCAUAUGGCCCGCUGCGUUACCAGAUCCCAGCUGGAAACCUGCUGAACCCUGACAUCUGUCUGUACUUUGCAGACUUCUACUGUAUGUACACUGCCUACCAUUACGUGGUGUUGGUGCUAGCCCCUGUUGGCUCAGAGGGAGAUACCUUCUGUCGCACCCGCCUCCCCAUGCUGGACUUGGCUUCCAACCCCUUCCUGACAUACACUGCCCCCAAGAGUGCAGGGGAAGAGCCUCUGUUCUGCCACUCCAGCGAUGUCAUCCUUGAGGUGCUUUUCACCGAGCCGGUCCAUUUGGAUCAGGGCAGCGUGGAGCAGAUCAGCGGACAUCACCAGCUGAUGAGUCUGACUACAGCCAAUGCCAAGAAAGACCCAAGCUGCAAAGUGUGCAACAUUAGCGUGGGACGCUGAGCAGGAUUUGAGAAAGAGCUGGGAGUGUGUGAGCCUACAUUGCUGAAAGACAGAGUUUUGCACAGGACGAAAUGGCCGAGUUCAUUGUGUGUAGGUUAGAAAACAGAGGAAACAGCCCACCUCUCGGGGUGUGUGCAUGCUGCUUUCCUUCUUCCCACCUACCUGGACUAGAAUAGUGAGUAUUAGACUUACAGUUUGUAUCACAGGAAUUUAUCAUGAUCACAAAUGGAAACAGAAAAAAGUCCACCUGUGACUGCUGAACAAAACAUAACUGAAAACAUAACAGGCUUCAGAAUAAUGGAGACCAUCUGUGAUCCUUGUUUGUUGAAAGUCAUCUCUCCUCCCUGGUGUUUUUAUGGCAUUUCCUACAUUUCUUUCCUCAAAAUGUGUUUGAUUUUAUUUUUCAUUUUAUGCUGGAAGACUUGUUUCAUUUAUUUUCAAUUAUUUCUGUUUGAUACAGCCCACAAGUUCAAAUGCACAAGUGUGUGCCCCAUUUAUAAGAAAGUGGCUUUAAACAGAGAUCAUAAAAAACAUUUGACUACUGCUGCUUCUUGUGA